GCAUCAUCCCAGCUCCAACGUCCCAGCUUCGAGAUAACCUCUCACUAUUUACGCUUUUGUAGACUGGCCCGCCUUUGUUGCACUCGGACUUCUCAUAGCUCCUGACGCCUUGACCUCAACCAGCUGUAGCCAGUAGAGCUCUUGUCUGGCUGUUGCGCUUACACGAUCUUUUUCGCAGCAUCCGAGUCAAAGUACUACACGCUCUUUUCGGCUCGGGGCGCUAUACUCCCUCCUCAUAUUGGCUCAAGCAACAUAUUCUGCCACCAUUCAGAUCUUUCUCAUCCCGUGUAUCCAUACAUCCGACUUCGACUCGAGCCUCAUUUGCCUCUGCGGCCCGCGUCCCACGUCCCGUACAGAGGCCCACACCACAGCCAUUUAACAGGCAGCGGUUACUUUUUGUCUGCCUUCGACAUAGCCCGACGUCCGGUUUCUUGUUCGAAGAUCCGUGAUCAUCGCCAUGGGGCUCUCUUACAACAUCUACCUCAACUCAUCGCGCAUCUACGGUUGCAAGAACUGCAAGACACACCUAUCGAACCACGAUGACAUCCUGAGCAGGAACUUUCGCGGUCAGCACGGCAAAGCAUAUCUUUUCGACAGCGUUGUCAACAUCACCGAGUCAGAGCCUAACGAGCGCAACAUGACUACCGGCCGUCACGUCGUACGCGAUAUUCACUGCAGACAGUGCAAAGAAACUGUAGGCUGGAAGUACGAUAAGGCGUAUGAGGCCAGCGAGAAAUACAAGGAGGGGAAGUUCAUCCUGGAAGCAGAGCUUCUCUGCACCGUGACAUGAGGCGGCACAGACGGCCUUAAUACGACAUUUCACUAUCGCAUCUAUAUGGAGUUGAGGUCUUGGAUUAUGCAUAAGAGUUGGGGAGUUUCAAACAGGUUUUAUUGUAUAUAACCACUCCAUGUAGUCGUGGACACGGCCAUGAGAUGGUUUGCACAGGUGCGUGGAAGCACAUCACCAAUCUGUCUCAACGAUUGAAGAAGAACCAGCACUGCCGCCAUAGGUCUCUGUUCUUUUAAAACAACGUUCCAUUAGCAGUGCCACAGCUUAUGCAAGUCUUCCGUAUGCAGCCUAUUUGGCAUGCCUCCGAUCGGAAUACUGCGGGGUAGAUGCCUCGGCGGGGCUCAAGCUCGUCCCAUCGUCACUUGGGCUUUGCCAGACGAGUGUCGUCAGAACCCGGAAUGCGAGGCGCAGGGCGUAUUUAGUGAGCCCGGACCCAAUUUAACUUGCUUCAACAUCA